AAGGGGUUUCGGUCUGUAAUUCAGCCUCCCGACAGUAGAAGGUAUCAAACCGACUCGGGACUUCCCUUACCAAGAUCUCGUGACCAUGACGAAAGUCAUCUUUAUGAGGGGCGGCACCUUGGUGAGGGGCGGAAGUACGAGUAUGUAAAUUCCAGCCACUGGAGUCACGUGAGGUUCAAGGACACCUGUCAGUUGGAAUUGGUGUUCCACUGACUACCGGGGCGGGGCUUUGCAUACUAAAGGGAACGUGCUACUGUGUCCGGGGUUGGUCCCACGAAGUGUAGGCGGAGGAAAGGCUGGAGGGAGAGAAUCAGUGCCGGGUUCUUGUUGUUUUUAUUUUUCACGGUCGGAAGCUUUACUCACGUUGUUCUCUUGGUUUUGAUUCUUUUUCUUUUGUUUUAUUCAGCACAUCACGAAGAGGACUAGGAAGCUUCCGAUCCUUUUGUUUUGUUUCUCCAGCACGCCCUCCCUCACAUCCUUCUUUUGUUUGUUUUUUUUUUCGUGUAAAUAUUAAUAAAGAAAAACUUUUUACACGUAAAGUACUGUCUGGAAAUUCCAUUAUUACUCACACGCCUCACACGUGGUGUCAGAAGUGGGAUAUGGAUCCAGCUACAGUCUUGGCAAUGUUUAGGGAGCAGGAGGAGAAACGAGAGGAGAGGGAGAUACGGCGCCAGGAACAGCUCGCCCAGUUCUUUGGACAGCUGGUGGAGAAAAUGUCGACACCAGCAUCGGAAACAGCGGUUGCCCGGAUGUUUGCAACACAACCGAAGUUACAAAAGAUGACUCCGGAAGAUGAUCCCGAGGCUUUUCUGGUCACCUUUGAGAGAGUGGCAGAAGCAGCAGGGUGGCCCAAGGAACACUGGGCCAUGAAACUGGCACCUUGCUUGACAGGGGAAGCUCAAGCAGCGUAUAGGGCAUUAAUGGCCACAGAGGCAGCGGAUUAUGCCAAAGUAAAAGAAGCUAUUCUCUCACGCCUCGGGAUCACAGAAGAAACAUACCGGCGCCGCUUCCGGGAAUACCAGCUGUCCGAGGGGGUGCGGCCCCGGGUUGCGGGACAGUAUCUCCUGGAUCAAUGCACCCGGUGGCUGCAACCAGAAGAACACACCCCCCAAGAACUGGUGCAGAAGAUCGCGAUAGAACAGUUCGCGUCUAUUCUACCGCCAGGAAACCGGGAGUGGGUUAAACGGAAUCAACCUACCACUCUCGAGAAAGCCAUCAUCCUGGCGGAGGCAUAUGAAGACGCAAACGAAGGCGCCGUCCCUGACCCCACUCCUGCCCCUAAGCCAACCCGGACCAACCAAUCAAUGAAGCCCAGAGGGGGUAACCAGACCUUUAGACCAUGGAGGCCGAGGUUAGCCCCAUCUUGGGCGAGAGGAAAACCCCCUAACCUGUCGGUCACUGACUCACAGGACAAACAAACUCCGUUGGUGCCUUCUACCCCAGUGUGUUACAGGUGUAAUGAGCCCGGACAUAUUGCCAGGGAUUGUCCGAUGAUGGAGGUGGACCUGGCAAAAAGAUCCUGGUCAGCGGUAACAGCACAUCACGAAGAGGACUAGGAAGCUUCCGAUCCUUUUGUUUUGUUUCUCCAGCACGCCCUCCCUCACAUCCUUCUUUUGUUUGUUUUUUUUUUCGUGUAAAUAUUAAUAAAGAAAAACUUUUUACACGUAAAGUACUGUCUGGA